AUGCACAAACAACAGCUCGAUCGACCCCAUACAACAGGAGGGGGUUCGAUCGAGCUCGUACACAACGAGCAGCAGCUCGAUCGAGCUAGUACACGAGCAGCAGCCCAUUCGAGCUCUUACACGACGAGCAGCAGCUCGAUCGAGCUAGUACACGAACAACAGCUCGAUCGACCCCAUACAACAGGAGGGGGUUCGAUCGAGCUCGUACACGACGAGCAGCAGCUCGAUCGAGCUAGUACACGAGCAGCAGCCCGUUCGAGCUCUUACACGACGAGCAGCAGCUCGAUCGAGCUAGUACACGAGCAGCAGCUCGAUUGA